AUGCAACGCACACUUCGCCAUUUGGCACCAAGGGCUCUUUCAAGACAAUCCCAGAUUCUCGUUCCAAGCUUUAACUACGCACGUGGAUUUAAUACAUCGGGUGCAUGCAACGAUAAAUCCUCAAAUGAAAACCAGUAUAAAAACUUUCCUUGGAAAUUGAGCACAGACCCACUUCGUAUUCCCGAUUAUCCUUACAAAUCUGCUCCUGAUACAUGGUCAUUCCUCAACAUUCUACCCAGGGGUAUCCAGCACUCAAUGAGUCAGUUUCUAUGCAAUAGAAUGCUUGAAUUGAAUACUGGAUCCUCAUAUUUUCCCGAGCAAUUUUUGGUUGGAGCUAGCAUGGCAUCCCGCCGCGCACUCGAUGUCCUGUCCAACCACUUGAGUCAUCCUAAUGAUCCUGUUCCAGCUGAGCUGCAAUCAAUGUUGAGCCCUGAACUUCUUUAUAGACUGACAGAAGCAGCUAAAGAGACUUUACAGGAGGGUGACGUGGUGUCGCUGAGCGUACCACAGGUGUAUGAUGUCAAUGUGGGUGACAUCUGGGUAACACUUGGAAACUCCAAUGCAACCACCAACCCUCGAAAAUAUGAACUUAUUGAGUGGAUGACUCUUCAGCUCGGCUUAAAACGGUCUGUAGUGGACGAUGUUGAUGAAAACUUUAAGGACUACAGGGCACGCGUCUCAAAAGGACUUAUGGAGGGUGCUCAUGUUGCUGUGGAUGUACUUAUUGAUGCCGACGUGGAAUUUAGUAUUACGCGUGGGGAGAAGGUCUUGGUUAAAGACCAAGGAAGACGAGAGUUAAUUAUGCGUUUUGAGACUCCAUACUUUGAACCUGCACAUGAUAUGGUAUCUGGGCGCGAUGAGAUGGGUGAACCAAUCAACGAAUGGAGGUGGCGCAUUGCAGAUGUGGAUCAUUGGUUGGAGAAGGAGAAACUUGAUAGAGAAAAUGAGGACGAAGAUGAAGAUUAA